AUGUAUACCCAUAUUCCAACGGUUCCCGCUCUUCGAAAAUUUCAUGUUUUAUAAUAAAUACUUAUUUGAAAAGUGUUGUGAUGUGAUUUUUACUGUGUUUGUGAGUGUUUAACUGUCCAAAUAUGUAUAUCAAGACUAUUGUGCUGGACGGUUUUAAAUCAUAUGGCAACCGAGUUGAAGUCACCGGUUUCGAUCCCGAAUUUAAUGCUAUUACUGGUCUGAAUGGCACUGGAAAAUCGAACAUAUUGGAUUCAAUAUGUUUCGUGCUGGGAAUAACGAAUUUGUCCAAUGUACGAGCUGGAAGUCUUCAAGAGUUGAUAUACAAGCAUGGCCAAGCUGGAAUCAUCAAGGCCACAGUCAGCAUCACAUUUGAUAAUAGAGAUAAGAGACAGUGCCCCAUCGGCUAUGAAAAUCAUGAUGAAAUCACUGUCACUAGGCAGGUUGUGAUGGGAGGCAAGAACAAAUACUUGAUAAAUGGUAUCAAUGUUCAGAAUAAGAGAGUGAGUGACCUGUUCUGUUCAGUGCAGCUGAAUGUGAAUAACCCACACUUCCUCAUCAUGCAGGGUCGGAUCACUAAAGUGCUCAAUAUGAAACCACCUGAGAUUCUGUCAAUGGUAGAGGAAGCGGCUGGCACCAGGAUGUAUGAAGCCAAGAAACAAGCUGCACAGAAGACAAUUGAGAAGAAAGAUGCCAAGUUACGAGAGCUUAAUGAUAUAAUAAGAGAGGAUAUUGCCCCAAAACUUCAAAAACUGCAGGAUGAAAGGUCUCAGUUCCAGGAGUAUCAGAAAGUCGUUAGAGAACUGGAGAAUCUUACUAGGCUAUAUGUAGCAUGGAAGUAUGUAACUGCAGAAGAGAGUACAAAGAAAGCAGAGGAUAAGGUCACAGAAGUUCAAGAUGACAUUAAAAACAAGAAGGAAACUAUAAAAAACAAUGAGAAGGAAGUGAAGGAACUGGAUAAGAAAGUUGCAGAAAUGAACAAGAAAUUGGAUGAGGAGAGCGGCAGCGCGCUGCAGGCGACGGAGAGCGAGCUGCAGGCGCGGGAACGAACAGAGGCGGCGCGCGGGGCCGACCUCCGCGCGGCGCGGGACCUCCACGCGGACGCCACGCGCCGGGCGCGGCUACUGCGGCGCGCGCUCACAGACGACCGCACCGCGCUCGCGGCCAGGGACGCCGAGCUGAGCCAGGUGUCGUCGUCGUGGGAGCAGCUGCGGGCGGCCAGCGCGGGCAGCGAGGCGGCGCUGGCGGAGGCUCAGGAUAAGUUCCUGGCCGUCAGCUCGGGGCUCGAGGGCGCCUCCGAGUCGCUGCAGGACCAGCUCAUGGCUGCGAAAGCGGAGGCCUCUGAAGCUUCGACGCGUAUAUCUCAGAGUAUGAUGGAAAGAAAACAUGCAGAGGAGCGGCUGAAGACGUUAGAGCGCGAGUUCAAAUCCAGUAGCUCGCAGUUCCAACGUGACCAAGAUGCUAUCGGCAAACACGAGGCACAAGUGGAAAAAUUAAAGAGCGAGCUGUCCCGCGUGGAGUUCAGCAGCGAGCGGCGCGCCGAGCUGCAGCAGCAGCAGCGCGCGCUGGGCGGGGCCGCCAGGUCCCGGCGCGAGGCGGCCGACGCGCUGGCGGCGCGGCUGCAGCGCUGCCACCUCCGGUACACGCCGCCGCAGCCCGGGUUCGACUCCCGCCGCGUCCUAGGUACAAUAUGCAAACUCAUAGAAGUGAAUGAUCCGAUUUACUGCACUGCUCUAGAAACUGCGGCGGGCGGUAGGCUGUACAACGUGGUGGUGGACACGGAGGUGACUAGCAAGCUGCUGCUGCAGCGCGGCGGGCUGCAGACGCGCACCACCAUCAUCCCGCUCAACAAGAUCUCCGCCCACGUCAUCGACGACGCCACGCUGCGGCUCGCGCAACAAAUCGGCGGCGGUCCGGAGAACGUGCAGCUGGCACUGAACCUGGUGUCGUUCCCUGCGGAGGCGGAGCGCGCGGUGGCCUGGGUGCUCGGGAACACGCUGGUGUGCCGCGACCUGGAGACGGCGCGCCGCGUCACGUUCCACCCGCGCGUGCGGCGGCGCUGCGUCACGCUCGACGGUGACGUCACCGACCCCGCCGGCACGCUGUCCGGCGGCGCGAGCCUGCAGGGUGGGUCAGUACUGCUGCAACUACAAGAUCUGAAGCAGCAAGAACAGCAAUUGCAGGAGGUUGAGGAACAACUGGCCAGUUGCACCGCAGAACUGAAUUCCAUGCAACAAACCGCAGAGAAAUACGCAACCAUACAACAAAAGUACGACAUGAUGUCUCACGAGCUGGAAGUGAUCAAGGCGCGGCUGGCCACCACCUCGCACGCGCACACGCACGCAGAGAUACAGGCGCUGCGGCAACAGGUAGAGGAGUUAACGGCGGCGGUGGAGCGAGACAAACAAACGCAGAGCGAGACAGCGGCGCGCGCACGGGAACUUGAACUUAAAGUCAAAGAUAUCAAGGGACACCGCGACAGAGAGUUCAAAAAGGCGGAGGAAGCUCUGAAGAAGGCGAAAAAGGACGCGGAAUUACACAGCAGCUCUUGGAAGCAACGCGAGCAGGAAUUCGAGACGUUACGGCUCGAGGUGGCGGAGCUGAAGCAAGCCGUCGCUAACAGUGAACAGUCUCUCGAGGAGACUCAGAACGCUGCUGCAGAGCUUGAACAAAAGCAGAACGAUGCUAAAACAGAACAUGACAAGGCUGUGGAAGCGGUAAAAGAAAUGCAACUGCGCAUAAAGAAGCAGAAAGCGGAGAUAGCAGGUCGUAGCAGCGACAUCUCGCGCCUGCUGCAACAGAAGGAGAAGCUGGCGGCCGCCAACAACGAGCUGCAGCUUGCCAUCAAAGAGCUGGACUAUAAGAUCAAGGAGCUGCAGAACGAAGCCGCCGAGUGUGAGAAGAAGAUAAAGGCAUUAGAGAACGAGCACACAUGGAUAUCGAGCGAGAAGCAGUACUUCGGCGCUGCGGGCGGCCUCUACGACUUCGGAGCUCGCGGUGCUUGUGUAGCGGGACAGCGCCUGCACCAGCUGCAGGAGCGGCGAGACAAGCUGGCGCGCGGCCUCAACGCGCGCGCACACACGCUGCUCGGCAAGGAGGAGGAGCAGUAUCAAGACGUUAUGAGCAAGAAGAAAAUAGUGGAGGCGGACCGCGCGAAGCUGGUGCAGGUGAUGGCGGAGCUGGACGAGAAAAAGAAGCGCACGCUGGUGGGCGCGUGCGAGCAGGUCAACCGCGACUUCGGCUCCAUCUUCAGCGCGCUGCUGCCGGGCGCGCAGGCCGCCCUCCGCCCGCCCCCGGGGCUCUCAGUGCUGCACGGGCUCGAGGUGAAGGUGGGGUUCAACAACACGUGGAAGGAGUCCCUGGGCGAGCUGUCCGGGGGGCAGCGUUCGCUGGUGGCGCUGUCGCUGGUGCUGGCCAUGUUGCUGUUCAAGCCCGCGCCGCUCUACAUCCUCGACGAGGUCGACGCCGCGCUAGACCUCUCCCACACGCAGAACAUCGGACAGAUGCUCAAGGAACACUUCAAACACUCGCAGUUCAUAAUCGUGUCGCUGAAAGACGGCAUGUUCAACAAUGCAAACGUGCUGUUCCGGACCAAGUUCGUGGACGGUAUGUCAUCAGUGCAACGCACCGUCAACACGCGCCGAUGAUCGUCAUCCUACCAUCAUACAACCUACCGUCAAAUGGAUUAGUAACCCAGUAAUAAUCCAUAGAACGAUAAUCCUCAAAUGUAAAAGAUCUGUUAUCGUUUGUUCUUAAGUUCUUUUCAAAAGCAUUCAGAUAUUUACCAGAGGGAUAUAUGAAGUCGCCUGCAGAGUAACUGAAGUAUACAAAUAAUUAUUAUCUAUAUAUCUAUCUUUAUCUGACCUAGUUCUGCCUUGUAUGUACGCAUGAAAGGUGUAUAUAAUAGUAAUAAGCAACAAUUUACACAGUCUACGCCCAAGUCAAGCAGAGAAAUAAUAAUAAUCUCAGGACAAUUCACACAUCGCCAUCUAGACCCAAGUUAAGCUAGCUAAAGCUUGUGUUAUGGGUACUAGACAACUGAUACAUAUAGAUAAUGUUUUUUUGUAAAUAAAUACGUAAUAUACAUAGAAAACACCCAGACCGAUACAAACAAUCCUACUCAUGAAUACAAAUGUUUGUGCUGUGCAAGGAAUCGAACCCGCGACCAUCGGUCGUAAAGCGGUGUGCUAGACCGCUAGAUCACCGAUAUCGUCAUAGAAGCAGAGCUUGUAUUAUGGGAUAACUGUUAGAUAUACUAAAUACAUUUCUUUUUUGGA